AUGAUGGAAGAGAUAGACAGAUUUCAGGUGCCGAGCGCGGUGCAGGAGGCAGAGAUGCAGUCAGAGAUGCAGCCGCUGGACCCAGCCUCCUCUACUGCUUCAGAGGCAGACUCAGACACCAGGGAGGGGGAACCUGUUACCAUCAACUACAAGCCCUCCCCGCUGCAGAUGAAGAUCGAGAAACAGAGAGAGCUGGCAAGAAAGGGUUCACUGAAGAAUGGCAACCCUGUAGGUAGUCCAGUCAACCAGCAGCCCAAGAAGAAUAACGUUAUGGCCAGAACACGGUUGGUAGUGCCCAAUAAAGGCUAUUCCUCUCUAGACCAGAGCCCAGACGAGAAGCCCUUGGUGGCCUUAGAUACAGACAGUGAUGAUGAUUUCGACAUGUCUAGAUACUCUUCAUCGGGAUACUCGUCUGCCGAGCAAAUUAAUCAGGAUCUGAACAUCCAGCUGCUGAAAGAUGGCUACCGCCUUGAUGAGAUCCCAGAUGACGAGGACUUGGAUCUGAUUCCACCUAAAUCAGUCAACCCCACCUGCAUGUGCUGCCAGGCGACCUCCUCCACCACCUGCCAGAUCCAGUAA